AUGUUUUUUGGUGGACGACAAAACGACACAAAGAAUGCAACAAAGAACCGCAAUCAAGUGAACCACAACAAAGGCCAUUCAGGUGGCGAUCGUGGACGAGGACGUGGGCAUCGAGGUGGUGGACGUGGUGGUGGACGUGGUGGACGUGCCAACAGCAAUCAAUACAACGACCGUCAACAUAGCCAAUCCCCUAUUCCCAACGCUGAUGUGGGCGGCAUAAUGUCCAAUGCACAACGAGCUGAACGUUUUGGCACUACAGAUAAGACAGCACUCUAUUCACAG